AUGAACGUGUACAACACCUCCUCAGUUUUGGUGUUGAACAGCUACAAUUUCUCCUCUGAAGUUGUCUUUCCUGCUUUCCUCUUUGCAACUCUGAGCUACAUGAUCAUCCUUUUCUGUAACCUCAUCCUGAUCCUCACCAUCAUACUGAACAAAUCUCUGCACCACCCCAUGAAUCUGAUCCUGCUGAACCUCCCGGUCCAUGACCUGAUUGGGGCGUCAGCUUUCUUCCCACAGAUCAUUAAGGAGAUACUGACAGACAGCAGGACGAUGCAAUACUCCACCUGUGUGGCUCAGGCUUUUUUUAUCCACAUCUAUGCAGGAGGGUCGGUGUUCACUCUGACUGCCAUGGCGUAUGAUCGUUACAUAGCCAUAUGCUGUCCUCUGAAAUACAACACAGUAAUGACUAAUGCUCACAUCAUGAGACUGAUCACAUUUGUGUGGGCGAGUAAUUUAGUCACCAUGGGUGUGCUUUUUAUUCUGCUUUUACGUCUCCCUCGCUGUCGAUCUGAACUCACACAGCCCUACUGUGACAACCCCAGUCUGCUGUCUCUGGUCUGUGCCAACACGACCAUCAACAACAUCUACGGGCUGGUUGUAGUGGCAGUCUCACAGGUGAUAGCUAACGGGAUGAUUCUGUACACAUAUCUGCAGAUCCUCAUUGCAUGUUUCAGGUCCAAUCGUUCAGACACAAAAGCUAAAGCUCUGCAGACGUGUGCUACACACCUGACUGUUUUCCUCCUACUGGAGUGUCUGGGUCUCUUCACCAUCAUAUCAUACAGGUUAGGAAGCAUUUCACCACACUUGAGGAGGUUUUUAGGGAUGUCCACAUUGAUUUUUCCUCCAACUUUGAAUCCAAUCAUCUAUGGACUGAGAACCAAAGAAAUCAGAGAAAAAAUUAUGCACUUCUUCAAGAACAAAAUCCUCCCAUCUUGA